AUUGUGUAUUAAAUUUUUUAUACAUAUAAUUAGGUGCAUCUAAUGUUGAAGUUGGAGAUGUUUCUGAACGUUUAGCUUUGAGAGAAAAGUUAAAAUGCAAGUCUUUCCGUUGGUACUUGGAAAACAUUUACCCUGAGUCUCAAAUGCCACUUGAUUACUAUUAUCUUGGAGAAAUAAAAAACGUAGACUCUCAACAUUGCCUUGACACCAUGUCACGAAAAAGUGGUGAAAAAGUUGGCAUGAGUUAUUGUCAUGGUCUUGGUGGCAAUCAAGUUUUUGCAUAUACUAAACGGUCACAAAUUAUGUCCGAUGAUAAUUGUUUAGAUGCUUCCAAUAUUGUUGGACCAGUUAGUUUAAUUAGAUGCCAUGGUCUGGAGGGUAAUCAAGCAUGGGUUUAUGAUUCAAAGGAAAUGACAAUAAAACAUAAAACUACAGAUCAAUGUCUAGAACAUUCAAUGUCUGCUGAUCAGUAUGCUGCCAUAUUAAAUGAAUGUGAUGGUUCACGUAGCCAACAAUGGACAAUGAAGAGUAACUUUCACUGGCAAGCUAGCUCAAGAUAACGUAAUCUAAUUUUUACUUUUUAUUUUAAUCAAGUGUUAUUCGUUUAUGCAUACAUAUAUACAUUUUGGGGAUCAAAAUAUUUACUUAUAAGUUCUUAUGAACAAAAAAAUCUUCUUAUAUAAUAAAAUAAAAAUCUUUUAUACUUUUGAACAAAUUAGAUAUAACUUAUGAAGUCCAUGACAGUUUAAAAACACUUAUAAUAGAAUUAUAAAAAUCUACUUGGUGACUAUUUAUCCCUGCCCACAAUAUUAUUAUCUUAAUGAAACCACUUAUAUUUUUAACAAGAUAAAAAGAUUCAGUGAAAACACUUGUGAUAUUUAUAUAUUAUGUUAUUAGUUAUAAUUAUUAUUAUAUUAUAUUUUGUAUAAUAACAAAUUAUAAAAUAAAUUUCCCUCCUUAUAAAAAAAAUAACCGCGUGACUUAAAAUUAAAAUACAUACUAYGAUAUGUAUCAGGUAUUUACAUCAGUUUUUCUUUUUUUAUACAAACAAAUUCAAAUGUUCAAUUCAUUUUUGUAUGAUUAAUAGAUAAUUUUUUCUUCUUUUUAUUUAAUAUUAUCAUUAAUGCUCAAAAUUAUAUCCUAUAUGGAGUUGUGAGUAUAAUAUAUUAAUUCACUUUUAAUGUUAUUAAUAUUGUAUGUUAUGUUAUGUUCAUUAUCUUGUGAUAACAUGGACACUAACAAAAAAAAAAAAAAAUGUUGUCAUUACUCUAUACCACAGAUGGCAAACCUAUAAUAAGUGUGUCACUUAAUAACACAUGCACACUCUUUUAGUGACACAAUUAACUUGUUUUUUUUUUUACCAUUAAAGAUGUAGUAUAUAGAUAUGUUGGAUUUAAAAAUGGUCUUAAAAUUAUUUGACACACACGAAAAAUAAAAUCCAACCAGCAUUUUUAUUUGACACAGGUACAGAAAGCUUUGCCAUCCCUGGUCUAUACUAUAUGUAKUUAAUCUAGCGAUUUCCACUUGUUAUAUCCAUAUUUUUGACACAAAUGAUUCACUUUUUAAAAGAAUGUAUAUAUACAAUAUAUGUAUACUUAUAAAUACCUGCAUAUAGGAUAUGUGAGCUUCUCUGUAAAUUUAAAACUGAUGACUGAUCUACUUGUUUUAUUAUGUAUCUAAUGAAAUAAG